AUGAAGAUUUUGGUGAUAAUUAUAGAUGAUUUAAGAAGCGUUCAAGGAAAAAUCUCCAACAAUAAUGCAUUUUCUACUAAAACACCAGAACAAAUUGAAUAUGAUAGUAAAGUUAGAGAAUUGACUUAUGAUAGAAGAGAUGUUCCAGCAGAUAGAACCAAGACUGAAGAAGAAAUUCGUAAAGAAUACGAAGAAAAAAUGAAGAAAUUAGAAGCUGAUAGAUUAAGAAGAAUGGAAGGAUUUGUUGAAGAUGAUAGAGAACAACAAGGAGAUGAUUUGGAUGAUGAUUUCUGGGGAGGUGACGACAGUGAAAACGAAGAGAAUGGAUUCAGUAUCAAAGAAUCAGACAAUGAAGGAGAGGAUGCAGAAGGGUCGGAAGAUGAAGGGGAAGGACGUGCCAAACCAAGAAAGUUGCAAACUGUUAUCAUGCCACUUACAUUUGAUGAGUUCUUACAAGAAAUCUCAGCUGUUGAAUCUACCAAACAGAUUGAAUAUAUUAAAAAAGUAUGUAAUACUUACAAACCUGGCUUGGGUCAAGGGAAUAAAGAGAAAAUGGGAAAUUUUGCAGGAAUUUUGUUGGAUUACAUUUUACACCUUGCCGAUAAGUUCGAAGACUUUGAACCAUUCGUAAAGAUUCUCAAAAAAUUAGCUGAAACAUACAAUGAGUCGUUGGUAGAAAAAGUCCGUGAACAUAUUAAACAAAUUCAAUCCAGAAUCAAUAAACCUUUGAAAGCAAGUGAUUUGGCGUUUUUUGUCAUUAUUGCUUACUUGUAUUCAUCAUCUGAUCAUUAUCAUAUUGUCAUUACACCAUGUUUGAUUUUGAUGAAUGAAAUACUAAGUACCAUUAUUUAUCACCCAAGGGAUAUCACAACCAUUGGACAAGGUGUAUUUUUAGUAGAUGUUUUAUUGAUGUAUCAGAGAUUUGCAAAGAGAUAUGAUCCUGAAGUGAUUAACUUUAUAGAACAUGCUAUUUUCAUGAUUGUUCCAGAACCAGAAAAGUUGGAUAUCUCAAAGUUAUUAUCAAUUUCAGAAUCGGUUGCCAAAAACGUCAAUGUUCAAUUUUCUAUGAACAAGUCUGAAAAAUUUGAUGAUUCUGAAGCUAAUGUGUUGUCUAUCAAAGGGUUAUAUUCUGAAGAUUUGAGUAAACCUUUAUUGCUUGCCAAGUUGGUAUCAAUCAUGAAUAAGUGUGUUACAUUAUGGAAAGAAAAAUCUAGUUUAAUUGAAGUUCUUGAAUCAUUCAUUAGUAUAUUGAAACACGUCACCAAAUAUAAUGCUCCACUCACUGGUCCACUAUUGACUAGAUUCACAAAACUACACGACAACUUAGUUAAGGACCGUAAACCAUUGACAUUACAACACCACAGAGCUCUUGCAAUUGCUACAUUUGCACCUAAAUUCGAAGAGAACUUCAACCCAGAUAAGAAAUCAUAUGAUAUUAACAGAGAACGUCAAGAAUUGAAUAAGGUUAAACAUCAAUUGAAGAAAGAAAAGAAAUCUGCUCUUAAAGAUAUUCGUCAAGAAAACAGAUUCCUUGCUCGUGAACAAAUUGCUGAAAAGAAAGCCAUGUAUGAUGAAUACCACAAGAAAAUGGCUAAUAUUUACAACUCUAUUCAAUCAGAAGAAGGUGCUGAAAAGAAUCAAUAUGAAAGAGAAAAGAAGCAAAGAAAAAGAAGAUAA